AUGCGGAAAAUUGUCCAGAGGUUCUUGUCUCUGCUUGAUCUGAAGAAGAGAAUGGGAAUGAAUGGUAACUUGGUACAGACUGACUGCAUCAUUGCAGAUGGUAGAUUUCAUGAUGCUGUAGGACUGGCUGUUUCUCAGAGAGUCUUCCUCCGAGCAAUAAAUCAGUAUGCAGAUAUACUGAACAAGAAAUUUCUUGAUCAGACAAAUUUCGAGCUACAGUUAUGGAACAACUACUUCCAUCUGGCUGUUGCUUUUCUCACUCAAGAAUCACUUCAGUUGGAGAAUUUCUCCGGUGCAAAACGAGCCAAGAUAAUCAGCAAAUAUGGUGACAUGAGAAGACAAAUUGGAUUUGAGAUCAGGGACAUGUGGUAUAACCUUGUUUUUGUGAUUUUUAUUUCCCUUUACAGUUUUUACACAGUGAAUGAAGUACAGAGGUUCCAGUAUUCAAGACCAAUCAGGAAAGGAGAGAAAGAUCCUGACAAUGAAUUUGCUAAUAUGUGGAUUGAAAGGACCACGUACGUGACCGCAUACAAAUUGCCUGGCAUCCUGAGAUGGUUUGAAGUGAAGUCUGUCUCAACGAUUGAGAUAAGCCCUUUGGAGAACGCAAUUGAGACAAUGCAGUUAACAAAUGAGAAGAUCACUAACAUGGUUCAACAACACAUGAAUGACCCAAGUCUGCCCAUUAACCCUCUGUCCAUGCUGCUGAAUGGAAUCGUUGAUCCUGCAGUGAUGGGGGGUUUCACCAAUUAUGAAAAGGCAUUCUUCACGGAAAAAUACAUGCAAGAACACACUGAAGACCUUGAGAAGAUUGAAAAGCUGAAGGACCUUAUAGCUUGGCAGAUCCCAUUCUUGAAUGAAGGUGUACGAAUCCAUGGUGAGAAAGUAACUGAAGCAUUGAGACCUUUCCAUGAGAGAUUGGAAACCUGUUUCAAAGAAUUAAAAGAAAAAGUGGAGAGACAAUAUGGAGUCAAAUCAUGUGGAUUUGGUAACCAGAAGACAGACAGACAGAAUAAUUGCAAACAAGAAUAG